AUGCAGUACGACACAGACAAUCAUUCUUACAACAACAACUAUAAUAGCAAUAACAACAAUAAUAAUAGAAAUAAGACAAGACAAACCACGGCUACGACUACAACAUUACAAUUGAACUCAGCAAGGAAUAAGAAGAGUUCACCUCCGCCAUCACAGAACUCAUACUCUGUUGACAUACACGAUACAGAUGACGUUGGCAUCCCAUUGGACCCAAGUGCCACCGAUGACCUGGCCAGGAAGACAGCGCAUCUCAAUCAAGACCGGCCCAACAAGCCGGCCAAUGUCACUGUAAAGAAAAGCGGCAUGAGCUCCUAUUGGAAAGCAGGCAACUCACUGGCAAACAGCAAGGGCAGCACUCUCAGUAUGAGCACCAUCAGUAAUAUGAGCAACCAGACAGAGCAUGCGUUCAGCUACAGUAUGGGGCCUGGCGCCCAACAGCAAGUCACUAAAGUCCACCAGAACAGGAACUACGACACAUCAAAGACGAUUUUCGAUAAGUUUAAGGAGAUGCAGAAGAAUAAUAACGAUGCUCAUCCUGCAAAGCCUGCCUUUGUACAGCAAGGAUCCAUACUGGACGUAGAUGAUGAUGCGGAUGCUCCAAGUCUGCCAGAGAGGGAGAAGGAGAAAGAGAAGCAAGUGCGCGUUCAACAACAACAACAACAACAGAAGCAACAACAGCCGAAGCAACAACAACAACAACAACAACAACAACAGAAGCAAACUUAUGAACCUGUUGAGCUUGACAACCUGUACAUCAACGGUGGUGACCCUCCUAUCCAUAAUGCUACCAUGGUAGUCACAUCUACUGACAUUACAAUAUACUACGACAAGGGGACCAAAGAAAUCAAGUAUACCAAGGAGAGAAUGAGAUCAAUUCAAAUCAACAAGGGUGGCAGUGAAAUCAUUAUCCAUGGAAAGUCUGUUAUAUCCAAGUUCUCGAUUUCAUCACUGAGUUUAAUGAUGACCAAGAAAGCAUUGAACAAUCACUAUGGCAGCAUAAUCCAGAAUGCUCCGAGCACAGCCAAUUCGACAACGGCUCAAUCUGUCGAUACGCCAGUCAUUACAAGGUUUAGCUACCCAUCACAGCUCGAAAAGAGUGAGCCAAAAUCAUCCUCGAGCAACUAUGACUCCCUGUCAGACACGUACAGCACGUCGAAGCCCAACUCAUCAUCAACAACGAAGAGAUCUGCGCUUGCCAAGGCGCUCGAUGCAUCACCAUUCAAACCUCCACUCAACCUUGGCAACAGUAUCACUAGCAACAGCAUCGCCAUCAGCAUUGGAAGCAGUAGCAGUCUAGGCAGUAGCAGCAGUACCAAAAGCGUCUACAGACCACCCAAGGAGAUAAAGACUGUCAAUGGAGACGAUCACAUGAUGCACUAUCCGAGAUCAACGCCACAGGAACUGAAACCUGUUGGACAGGUGAUCAUCACGCGAAACGACUUGGAGCGACUGAACGAAGGCGAGUUCCUCAAUGACAGCCUCAUUGAGUUCUAUACAAAAUACAUCAACGACAACUUUCUCAAUAAGGACUACAAGUUCUUCUUCUUCAACAGCUUCUUCUACAAGAAGUUGACCUCAAAGGAGGACUCGAAGGAUUCCUACCGCGAAGUGAUCAAGUGGACAAAGAACGACGACAUAUUCGAGAAGGACUUUAUCUUUAUUCCCAUCAACCAAUACGCACAUUGGAGUUUAAUGAUCGUUUGUUUCCCUGGCGAUGAAAGCAGUGAUGACCCACCCAAGGACAGACGACCCUGUAUGAUAUAUCUAGAUUCACUUUACAAGAAGCCAAGUCCUAUCGACACAAGGAUACGUGAAUACCUCACGGAAGAGUGGAAAGAAAAGAAGUUUGGAAAGGACAUGCCUGAUGGCAAGGGCAAGUACCCAAGCCGUACAUUCACAGCCAAGAACUUCAAGGCAUUCUGUCCACACGUCCCCGUCCAGAACAACUUUAGCGACUGCGGCGUAUUCUUGCUACACUACUUGGAGCUGUUUUGUAAGAAGCCAGAGACCAACUUUGUUAACCCUCUCGAGAAACCUAAUUGGUUCCCAAUAACCGAUGUAAUCAAGAAGAGAAAGGUCCUGAGAUCACUGAUAUUCAAACUGCGCAAGGAACAGUUUGAGGACGCAAUGACUGAAGACGAGGAGAAGGAGUACAGGAUAAUCAUUCAGAACAACUUUGAUGCAAGUGCACGCGCUUCAGUCUCAAUCGACACCAGCAGUCUCGAGAUAUUGACCAGCUUUGACUCAUCGAUCGACAAAGACAAUGACAAGGAGAAGAACAACAAGAAGGAUGACAAGAAGGAUGAGGACAAUGACAAGAUGGACGAGGAUAAAGAUGAACCACCAAAGGACGAGGAUGAGAAGGCAUCAAGUGACAAUGAUGGCGAUCGCAAUGGCAGGACAAAGUCUGACUCUCCAGUGUCCUCUCCCAAAAGAGAUGUCAGUGACCAAGAAGACAACUCUAUGAACAUCAUCACUCCAAAGACAUCGAGGAUAGUAUCUAUUAACAAGAAGAAUCUAUCCAAAGAGUUUGAGAAGGAGUUGGUGAUGGAAAAAGAGGAAGAGAGCGAGAAGGAGAAGGAGAAUGAGAAGGUGAAGCAGAAGGAGUUGGAGUUGGAGAUGGACAAAGAGGAUGAGAGUGAGAAGGAGAGUACAAAGACAAAGAAGAUGAAGAAGGUGAAGAAGUAUACUGAUGAUGAUGAUGAUGACAACAUUGACGACAAGUUGACUAUUUCAAAGGAUACCAUGAUGAAGACCAAUAAGCAGGACAGCAUCAAUACUAGUAGUAAUAGUAGCAGCAGCAUGGAUGAUAGUGAUAGCAGCAUAGGCAGCAAAAGUAGUAGUAGUAGCAGCAGUAACAUCGAGAUUACAAAGGUAUCAGAGUAUCGAACAAACAAGAACUAUAGGUCUACUCCACCAUCCUCAUCGACAUCCUCCAUAUCCACUGCCAAAUCAACAUCCGCCUCCUCUUCUACCUCCUCUUCCACCACCUCCACAGCCAAGUCCAAGACAUCAGCAGCGACAUCCACCCAAGCGAACAAGAAUAACAUCAACAACGACAAGAAGAAGAAGAGACAACGUGGAGAUAGUGAUGACGAAGACAAUGAUAGCAGCACUGAUGAUAGUAGCGACAACAAAAGCAGCAACAACCAGCAGAGACCAGGCAAAGCAAAGAAGGUCGCCGAACCACUCAAAGUCCACAAGCCCCUUAGUCGGAGGCCGAGGAAGCCAAACAAUCUUAUCAAAGGUGGAAUUGAUCUUGGGGACAUGGACCUAUCAGUUGACGAUGACUUUAAGAAAUGA